AUGCACCCGCUGAGUCCAUACGACGACCCUUUGACCUACCUCGCCGAGCCACCGCACGACGAGACGGACGAGGCGCGCGAGGCGCGUCUGCUCGCGGAGCAGGAAGCGCGCCAGAUAUCCGACCAGAUCGACGACCAGAUUAAUCAGGAGAAGCUCGCCGCGAAGAAAGGCCCCAAACCAGUCAAGGUCCUCUUGCUCGGGAAAUCUACUACACUAAAAAAUUUCCAGCUCAUGGCUUCUCCGAAGGCCUUCCGCGCCGAGCGCGUCAUCUGGCGCGCAGUUAUCCAGCUGAACGUCGUGCGCUCGAUCCACCUCAUCCUCGACAUCAUGUCCGAGGCGCACCGGCAGCAGCAACAGCGCGAGCGCGACGCCGCCGCCCGCGUGUUCCCCGCAUCCCCGCGCUCGCUCUCUGACGCGGCGCACGCGCUCCCGAGCCUCACGGACGAGCACCUGCGCCUCAAGAUGCGGCUCUCGCCGCUCGUCCAGGUCGAGGAGUUCCUCGUGGGCAAGCUCUCUGCGUGCCCGACGGGCAAGUACAAGCGGUCGGCGCACUUCGCAGCGCUGACGAACUUGCCGCAGGAUAGGCUGGGCGCCGGGGGGGACGGCGCCAUGAACAGGCGCCAGCGGGUGCAGGUCCCGAAGGAGCUCGAGGUGAAUUCGUGGUCUGGGUGGAAGGGUAGGUUGGGGAAACUGGUGGGUGCAGAGAAGGAGGGGGACGAGGAGGACGACGGGAUCGACUGGGACGACCCGGACGACCCGGGAAGGAUUAUACAUAUGUGCGGGGACGAUAUGAUGCAGCUGUGGGCGGAUUCGCUUACGCACCAGUUGCUGAGGGCGCAGGGGCUGCGGCUGGAGGAGAUGUCAGGAUUCUUUCUAGAUUGUUUGCCUCGGGUCACGGCACUUCGUUAUGUUCCAUCAGACGACGAAAUUCUACGGGCGCGAAUCAAGACGUUGGGUGUCUCAGAACAUCGAUUCACCCUGUCGGCGAACAGCAUUCUCAGCCCCGAGUGGCGCGUGUUCGACGUCGGCGGACAUAGAUCUAGUGUGACCGCGUGGAUACCCUUCUUUGACGACAUGGACGCCAUUAUCUUCCUCGCACCUCUGAGCCCGUUUGAUCAGGUCCUGGAAGAAGACCCGGGUGUUGGCCGGCUGGAAGACUCGGUGCUCCUGUGGAAGUCGGUCGUGUCGAACCCGCUGCUCGCACGAACGAACAUCGUGCUCUUUCUGAACAAGUGCGACAUCCUGACGGAGAAGCUCAAGGCGGGCGUGCCGUUUGCGCGGUUCAUCACGUCGUACGGGACGCGCCCGAACGACUACGAAUCGGUGUCUACCUACAUGCGCCGCAAGUUCGCCGGGAUCUUCAAGGACCACUCGCGCUCGCCAAGGCCGUUCUUCUGCCACUUCACCUCGGUCGUCGAUACCAAGGCGACGCAUCACAUCCUGGUCGAUGUCACGGAGCUGGUCAUGCGCGACAACUUGAACAAGUCGUCGCUUCUCAUGUAG